GGGUGAAAUUCAACAUCAUCAUUGUUCUCUAAUCUCUAUCAACAAACAACUAGGUAAGUUAAAAUGUUGAAGAAAACAAUUCAAACAUUGGAACAAUUCAAAUCAUCAUCAUCAUCAACAAGAACACGUGAUCAUGUUCAUAUGAAAUGGAACAACCCUUUUAACAAUUGGGUCAGAAACAUUAGAAGUACCACCCAAAAUGACACAAAUACAACAACCUCGUACCCUGUCUCAAGGGAGACAACAACCUCGUACAGUGUCCCAAGAGAGAGAGUGGACUGUGUAGUGAUAGGAGCUGGUGUGGUUGGAAUAGCAGUGGCAAGAGCAUUGGCAUUGAAGGGUAGAGAGGUAAUUGUCAUUGAAUCAGCACCUAGUUUUGGUACUGGAACUAGUUCAAGAAACAGUGAAGUUGUUCAUGCUGGAAUUUAUUAUCCUCAUCAUUCUCUUAAGGCGAUUUUUUGUGUAAAAGGAAGAGAAAUGUUAUACGAGUAUUGCGCAAAGCAUGAUAUUCCACAUGAACAAACCGGUAAGCUUAUAGUGGCUACUCGAUCCUCCGAGAUUCCAAAGCUAAGUGUUAUUUUAAAUCACGGUAUUCAGAAUGGAGUUGACGGUUUGAAGAUGAUGGAUGGUGUUGAUGCCAUGAAAAUGGAACCUGAAUUGCAAUGCGUGAAAGCAAUACUAUCACCUCUAUCAGGAAUUGUUGAUUCUCAUUCUUUAAUGCUUUCUUUAGUGGGGGAAGCUGAAAAUCACGGAGCAACCUUCACAUACAAUUCCACUGUCAUCGGUGGCCAUAUGGAAGGAAAUGAGAUUUGUCUCCAUGUAUCAGAAACAAAGAGUCUUAAAGAAUGGAAUGGAAAAUCAAGUUUGCAACCAGAACUAGUGCUUAUUCCUAAACUUGUAGUAAACUCUGCAGGCCUAAGUGCCCUUGCCCUUGCAAAAAGAUUUACCGGCCUAGAAAACAAAGUUAUUCCUCCUGCUUAUUAUGCGCGCGGUUGCUAUUUCACGCUGUCGAAUACUAAAGCCUCCCCGUUUAGACAUUUGAUAUAUCCUAUACCGGAGGAUGGUGGCCUUGGAGUGCAUGUUACUUUAGACUUGAAUGGUCAGGUCAAGUUUGGUCCGGAUGUUGAAUGGAUCGACGGUGUUGAUGAUAUCUCAAGCUUUCAAAAUAAGUUUGACUACUCAGUACAAGCAAAUCGUGCUGAGAAGUUUUAUCCAGAGAUAAGAAAGUACUAUCCAAAUCUAAAGGAUGGAUCUUUGGAACCAGGAUAUUCAGGGAUCAGGCCGAAACUUUCAGGACCCUGUCAGUCUCCUGUUGAUUUUGUAAUACAGGGAGAGGACAUUCAUGGUGUACCUGGUCUUAUUAAUCUUUUUGGAAUUGAGUCACCUGGUUUAACAUCCAGCUUGGCAAUUGCAGAUUUCAUUUCUACUAAAUUUUUGUGAUGAUACAUAGACAUGCAGCUUUGAACUUGUAUAGCCUUGUUGUUAUUGUACAUAAAAUUGUCAUGCAGUUAUAAGAUAAUAAGAUGGUUGAAACCGUAACAAUUACGCAAUUUCGCGAAAAUACAGUAAAUAUUGUACAUUACUGCCUUCCCUUCUAUUAA